GGCAAGAUUUGUCUGGCGCCUCUGUCGACACGGGCGGCGGUGAUGUCAUUGACCCUGCUUUCAACGAUGCUUAGAGCAGGUAUUCAGCGUCUUGCUGCUCGACGGCUGUACUCGUCAGAUGCAGCCUACAAUUUCGAAGCGUUGGACAAAUGGAUCGCCUCGCCGAAACAGUACAUUCUGAACGACACCCUCCAUCCAGAGCAUCUAUCUGAUCUCUAUGUGACUCUUCCUACCCGCGACGGAAUACGCAAACCGUUCCAUGCGCCAGAGCCGUCGACACCGAUGGGUUACGGUCACCAUACAACAUUCUUCUACCCUCGCAUUCCUGAGCCCUUCCUGCGUAGAGACGGCACGGAUGCAGAUUUCUGUCCACCGGAACCGUUCACUCGCAGGAUGUGGGCAGGCGGAAAGAUAUCGUGGAUGGCGGGAAACCCUCUGCUUAUUGGUGGCAAGGCGACUGCUAAAAUGACGAUAGGCUCUGUCGAAAAGAAGAACUUUGACCGUGGACGUCCUAUCGUGUUUGUGAACAAGAAAAUCGAGAUCUCCAUGGAGGAUUCGGCUGUUCCCUCUGUGGUUGAGGAAAGGGUGCAUGUUUAUUUGCCCGUUGCUGCUACAGUUAAGAAGGAGCCUCGUCAAGUUCCUGGGAUACCAAACUCAUCUGAUUUCUCAUUCACUUACAAGCCGACGCUGACGACAUUGUUUCGAUUUUCUGCGCUCACCUUCAAUGCGCACCAUAUCCAUCUAGACAAGGAUUAUGUGCGCAACUUUGAAGGAUAUCCAGAGCGUCUAGUUCACGGACCUCUUACGGCCCUCAUGAUGCUUGAAACAGCCACUGAGCAAAACCCGGGUGUCGAGAUCAAGACAUUCGAAUACCAGGCCACGAAUCCUCUCAUCGUCAAUCGACAACAUACAAUCUUUGGACAAUGGACAGGCGACAAGGCAUUUAUGUGGUGUCAGGACGAAGACGGAGUGGUCGGCAUGACGGGAACGGUCAUUUUUGACUAAUUGUAGCGGAGAACGCAUGAAUGGAUCACAUAUAGAAACACAGCAUUUAUAUAAAGGAGACAAAGAGAUAUCGGUUGAUGAAGUCUAAUCAGAGGCAUUAAUACUAUCUACAAUAUCCCUGUAUACACUCCCAACAGAUGGUCAGAUGAUACCAAUUUGUAGUCGUCUUCCCUGGGUGCUCGUCAUGAUGAAUGAGUACUUGGAGAACUGCGGUAACACAUGAA